AAGCUAACUUCUCACAAGUCACCACCACCACCAUUUUAAAGAGAAAACAGAAUCAUCUCAAAAGGUUUCUUGAAAAAAAAAAAAAUCAAGAAAGAUGCCAAAAGACAGGAAGAUCGGGAUCGCCAUGGAUUUCUCGGAGAGCAGCAAGAACGCUCUUCAGUGGGCGUUCGAUAACUUAGCAGAUAAAGGAGACACUAUUUACGUCAUCCACACGCUUCCAAUGUCUGACGAUGAAGCUCGUAACUCCCUUUGGUUCAAAUCCGGUUCUCCUCUCAUACCGUUGGUGGAGUUUAGGGAACCGGAGACUAUGGAGAAAUAUGGUGUCAAAAUCGACAUCGCUUGUCUUGAUAUGCUCGACACUGGUUCGAGGCAGAAAGAGGUGCAUGUAGUGACGAAACUGUACUGGGGAGAUGCAAGAGAGAAGCUGGUUGAUGCUGUUAAAGAUCUCAAACUCGACUCUAUAGUCAUGGGAAGCAGAGGACUCAGUGCCCUUCGAAGGAUAAUAAUGGGAAGCGUGAGCAGCUUUGUGAUACAACACGCGCCUUGCCCUGUCACCGUUGUCAAGGAUAACGAUUCUCAUCACUAAAAUAAAACGAGCUGUCUUAUCUCAUCAUCAUAUGUCCCUCCUACCAAAAUAAUCAUCGCCAUUUAUGCUUUGAAUAAUAAUGAAACAACAUCUUUGUUGGUUGUAUUUGUAAUUGACAAACAAAAAAAAAUUAAAGGAGUCCUACAACUUUUUUUUUGUAUUAGUUUUGGGUUUUCUUGCUUAUGAUUUCAAUCAUGUUCGGUGUGUUUUGCUGGAAUCACUCCAUGUGAUUUGCUUCAACAUGUUGUGGGCUCGAUUACAUAGUUUUGUACAUCCAAAAACAUUUAAAACUAA